CAGUGGAGUGGCUACAAUACAGUCACGUGACUAGAUAUGCUUCCUGUUUGUGUCACAUGAGAGCUUUCACAUUCCAUAGAUGUAAAUGUUAAAAGCUAAUUUACUACUGGCGAAUAUGGGACCCGAGCUGGUUUUGUACUUGUGUUUGCUGGGACUCCGAGGUCAUUUGUUGGUUUCAGCUGUCCCGAUAGAGAAUCGCCCACAACGCAUUCAAGAGACAAUUUCAGGCCGGUUCUGGCACAUCUCAGAUUUGCAUCUGGACCCAACCUAUCACAUCACAGAUGACCACACCAAAGUUUGCUUCUCCUCCCAGGGUCAACCGGCCUUGAACCCUGGCAUGUUUGGCGAUUUCUUGUGCGACUCCCCUUAUGAGCUCAUUCAGUCAGCCUUUCGAUUCAUGAAAGAAAAGGACCCACAUCCAAACUUCAUCAUAUGGACGGGAGACAGCCCCCCGCACGUCCCAGAGCGGGAGCUUUCAACCGACACAGUGAUACGCAUUAUCAGCAACAUGACUCACACCAUCAGGGAGUUCUUCCCAGAUAUCUCUGUCUACCCUGCUCUUGGGAACCAUGAUUAUUGGCCACAGGAUCAGCUUCCAGUAGCCACUGAUGAAAUAUACCAGGCUGUUGCCAAACUUUGGGAGCCCUGGUUACAACCAGAAGCCCUCCCAACACUGAGAAGAGGCGGGUUCUAUUCACUAGUGAUACUUCCCAAAUUGCGGCUAGUUAGCUUGAACACAAAUCUGUACUACAGUCCAAACAAAGUGACUGUGAACAUGACGGACCCGGCUGGACAGUUUGAAUGGUUGGAAGCCACCCUGGAAACGUGUCGACAGAGUGACGAGAAGGCUUACAUUAUAGCUCACGUUCCCAUUGGUUACUUGCCCUAUGUCAUCGGGACAACUGCUAUGAGAGAAGCCUACAAUGAAAAGCUUGUGGAGAUCUUUCGCAAGUACAGUGAUGUGGUUGCUGGGCAGUUCUACGGUCACACCCACAGAGACAGUAUAAUGGUCCUAUUGGACCAUGAAGGCCAACCUGUUAAUUCAGUGUUUGUCACACCGGCUGUUACUCCAUUCAGACAUGCCAAUGAACCUUACUCAAACAACCCAGGCCUCCGGAUGUACUACUAUAACAGCCCAGAUUACAGUCUACUGGAUGUUUGGCAGUAUUACAUGAAUCUCACUGAAGCAAACUUGGAAAGGAAGCCAGACUGGAAGCUUGAAUACAUAAUGACCAAAGACUACAACAUUGAAGACAUUCAGCCAAAGAGCUUGUAUGGACUUGCACAAAGUUUCAGAACACCCGAUAGUAAGACUUUUCAGAAUUACUUUAAUCAUUUUAUGGUAAGUUACAACAACUCUAUUGUUUGUAAGGGACUUUGUAAACUGGAACAGGUCUGUUCUGCGCUAUUCUUGGACCACAAGUCCUAUUUCGAUUGUACCUUAAAAGGGAAUUCAGAUUGAUUUGAUUUGAUUUGAUUUGAUUGAUGCAGAAAUUGAUUGUACUAAUCAGUGAAAAUUAGUGCACUUUAUCAAACUUGAGCACUUUAUGCAGAAUUUUUUUUUUUUUUUGCAAUGCUGUUCUUCUUUUAUUUCUAACUUGUAAAUGGGAACAGUGUGCAUUUUUAAAUAUUCUAAAUGUAAAAGGGAACAAUGCAAUUCAGAAUUUGCGGUAAUGGGUACAAAAUAUAACAUGAAUCUUGAUUCCUGGUUGAUCAACUGUGCUGGAAAUUGAUUGGUUGAGAUGCUUUUAUGAAUGUACAUGCAUUGUCUUGGCAAAACAAUAAGGAAGAACACUGCCAACAUACAGUAUGUGUUUAUGUUUUUUGAUGAAGAAAAGCUGCAAUAAACAUUAAAAAUGUAGA